AUGGCUUUUAUUCUAUUAUUUUGUGCAUUGGUAUCAACUAGCCCCAUACAAAAAGGCAGUUCAAAUAAAUCUCGAGAUUAUGGAAUGGUAUGCAUGGACGAACAUAAAAUUCCAUUCUCUGACUUCAGGAAAUAUAACUUAUUUAAUCAGCCACCUGAAGACUUACCAGUUUAUUGUUAUAUUAAAUGCAUAUUAGAAAAGAGUGGCAUAUUUGACAAGGAAACAGGAUUUUUAGUAGAUUCAAUACAGAAACAUCUAAAAAGCACUUCUGAAACUCUUGUUAAAAUUGAACAUUGCAUCAAAAAUACUAAUCAAAUUGAAAAUAUGUGUGAAGGUGCUAACCGUGGGGCUAUAUGUUUGAAUAUUGAAGAUUAA